CGUGUGGCUAUGCCGGGAGAGUAGUCUGCAGUGUGUGACUACGAGCGGCAGAACAAGUUAUAUAUCCUCUCUGUAGUUGAGUAAGCUAUUCAUGAUGAGGACGUAUCGAUUUGCAGUUUAUGCAGUUGGAAUACUUGUAGUGGUGGCAAUAUUCCUCAGGACAGGAAAAGAUUCUACGCCUCUGACAGCCGGGGAGUUAAGGCAGUCACUACGAUAUUUUCAAGCAGGCCAAGUAGGUCUUCAGAUAAAAGAACCCGUAGAACUCGAGGAACCUGAUGAGAAGGAGCACAGUGAAACUACAGAGGAAGUGGUCAUUGAUAGCAAAACGUGUAGCCUGAAGAUAUCACCAGAUGCGAAAGAAAUAUACAGGUAUAUGGAAACUAUCACAGCAAAAUGUGAAAUGCCCGUAAUGGUCGGAGGAACAGCAAAGACCAAGAAGCCAUAUAUAAUGAACGAGAAGUGGAUGUGCCUGGACGCGAGGUACAAUAUCGUGCCUGGGAAGUGUACCGUCUACUCCUUUGGAAUCGAUACAGACUGGUCGUUCGAUGAUGACAUGGAUAAACGCUUUAAUUGCAAGGUUUACAGCUUCGACCAUACUAUAAAUCAAAAAGACCACGAACGCUCAAGCAACAUCAAAUUCUAUGCAACUGGAAUCUCAUCAGUGAAAAAAAAUAAUGUAGACCGCUACAUCAACAUUCUGAAGAGGUUGGGUCACGAAAACGCUACCAUUGACUACCUGAAGAUGGACGUGGAAGGAGCAGAGUUACAAUUCUUUGAAGAUAUAUUCACUAAAACGCCACAAGUGCUGAACAACAUUAAACAGAUCGGGAUGGAAAUUCACACCAAGAGAAAUGAAUAUAAGAUGAGACUCUACUUCAAAUAUGUCCAACUUCUAGAAUGCUUCGGCUUCAGGCUAAUAUUUGGACACAUACUAGAUGUCCCUGAAAAACUAUUCACGGACAACGGCGAAACGCGGUCAUGCUGCUAUGAGCUGGUGUGGGCACAAGACAAGCAAAUAAGUUACAAAAUAUGGCAUCCUCCCUCGGUGUGA